AUGCAUGACUACUUCUGGUGGGAUAUCCGAAAUCUGCGCAGCUGGUCCUCCUUUUCUCUGUCCACAUUCCACUCGAUUAAUGGCCUCACGAAGCUCCUGAAGACAGCAAUUCCGUCACAUCUGACACCAACAGCCGUGGUCUCAGGCUCACGCUUGUGUCCUGAUUCUGAAUUCACGUUGGUUGACCUCAUACAAGAUAUUUAUGCUCCACGAGUAAAUGCCGCUUUGGCCGUGUCUCAGGGCCCAGAUCACCUGGCGCUCUAUGCUACGCCUGUCCCACGGAUCCAUGCCAAUAGAAACUAUGGUGGCCCGCAUUUCCUUGCAAAUUACACUUCAGAUACGGAGCGGACGAGCUCGGGUCUGCCCCGUGGACGGCUGGUAGGAAUUGUCAAAACUUUCGACCGUUGGAACACAAGUAUGCGCACUGAAGCGCCUCAUCGGCGGGUCGAGUAUUUGAAUGGCCUAGCGCACCUUCAGCGGUGUAUGCGCGAACAUUCCUGUCGAUACGGCUUCAUCAUCACAGAGAUUGAGCUUGUCUGCGUGCGUGCGGGGUGCGACGAGGGUGACGACGUGCCUUACUUUGGCUUCCUCGAGGUUUCAGCUCCUAUACCCACUAAGCUCGCGGCGAGCUCAGACGAAGGUUACUUGAAACCUUGCUCAGCCCCUUACGGCCACCCCCAUUCGCCCACACCGUCCAGCGACAGUUCAUUGGCCAGCCAAUCCCCUAUCUUGGACGCAUAUUCUUCACCAGCUCCAGAGGAGCUUGGUGUACCGAUGACGGCGAGUCUGGCUUUAUACUUCCUCCUAAUGCUUUCUAAAUCCGUACCUUUGCCGUCCCAGCCGUCAUCUCACCUGAAUGUUGGCGGACCCGGAGCCCUAACUCGGCAGCGUGUCCUCCCCGAAGGGAAGGACAAAUGGAUUCCAGAACCACAGAUUGGAGAAAAACGAGAUGCCAAACGAGUGCGAGGCUGGAUCUGGCCACAAGAUGCCUGGCACCGGCGCGAGGGAGGUGGAGCACCACGUUCGCGAGCGACUGGUGUGGAAAGCAAACCAAAAAAAUGGCAUAAGUAA